UCGUGGUCUCACAUCUCAAGCCCAAAGUCAUUGCGCUCUUCACGAUCAUUUGGGUUUGGAGAGUCAUGGAUGCAGACUGGGCAUGACCACACACUUAGCCAAACUGACAACUGCAUUUUGAAACAGAAUAACUAAGAGAAGAAAACGAAGUGCUGAAUGAUGGACCUUAAAGGUCUUCAUCUUUUGGCUCUUCUGCUGCUGACCCAAGGAAUUCAACUUGUUCAAGGGAACUGCGGCAGUAAUGAGUUUCAGUGCACCAGCGGGCAGUGCAUCAGCAUGGCCUGGAGGUGUGAUGGAACUAAAGACUGCACUGAUGACUCAGAUGAACUAAACUGUCCACCUGCGACCUGCACCUCGCAGGAAUUUAAGUGUGUGACAAGCGGUGAAUGCAUUUCAUCCGGAUUUGUCUGCGAUGGGGAGGAGGACUGUGUUGAUGGCUCAGAUGAACAAAGAACAUGUGGGGGGCGCACAUGCCAACCAGACCAGUUCACCUGCCGGGAGGGCCAGUGCAUCCCGGGCAAAUACAGGUGUGACCGUGUGAAGGACUGCGUGGACAACUCAGAUGAGAACAACUGCAACUAUCCACCCUGCACUGAAAGGACGUGUGCAAAUGGGGCGUGUUACAAUAACUCUCAGCACUGUAACGGCCUACAGGACUGCAGAGAUGGUUCUGAUGAAUCCAACUGCACUACCCAGCACUGUCCCAUACACCAGUUUGAGUGUGCUAAUGGGUACUGUGUUCCACAUUCCUUUGUUUGUGACCACUGGGAUGACUGUGGGGAUAACAGCGAUGAGCAAGGCUGCAAAAGUGACUCACGGGACUGUUACCCUGGAGAGUGGGGCUGCCCAGGCUCCACAACAUGCAUACCAGUGGAUAAAGUUUGUGACGGCACACCUGAUUGUCCUGGAGGUACUGACGAGACCAACUCCACAGCAGAGCAAACCUGCAGCCUGGAUCGGUGCUCCAUCUUGAGCUGUGAGUUUCUGUGCCACCCUUCUCCUCAGGGGGGCUCAUGCUACUGCCCUGAUGGCUUCAUAGUGGCCAAUGACAGUCGCACCUGUGUGGAUUAUAAUGACUGUCAGAUCUGGGGGAUCUGUGACCAGCUGUGUGAGGACCGCCCUGGGACACACCACUGUAGCUGUGCUGAUGGAUACUUCUUAGAGCAGGGUCAUAUCUGCAAAGCCAACGUGUCAGCUGGAUUGCCGCAGCUCAUUUUCACCAACGGGGGUGAUGUGAUGAUGGCUGAUAUCCAUGGGCGCUUUGUCCGAACUCUGGUGCCCUCUCAGGGCCGAGGCUACGCUGUAGGAGUGGCCUACAACUGGCGCAGCGACAUAGUCUUCUGGAGCGACACCAACACCCAAAAGGUUUACUCCGUCAACUAUAAUGGGAAUAACAUAAAGGAGGUUCUGACCACUGCAGUCAACAAUGUUCAGAAUCUCGCUGUGGACUGGAUCAACUUCAAACUCUACGUGUUGGAGGCUAUGGUGGAACGUAUUGACGCGUGUGAUUUUGACGGAGGGAACCGGGUGACACUGGUGGCUGAAAACCUGCUCAGUCCUCAUGGCCUUGCUCUGGACCCUACAGUGGGCUACAUGUUCUUCACAGACAUGGGCGUUAGCAACAAGCAGACAAAGCUAGAGCGAGCCUUUAUGGAUGGCAGUAAUCGAGUGGAGCUGGUCAAAGACAGGCUUGGCACACCGACUGGAAUUACGCUUGAUAUUGUCACCAAGAGGGUCUACUGGUCUGACAGUCACUUUGACACUGUGGAGACAGUCACAUACAGUGGUUUGGAAAGGAAAAUUGUCGUCAAUGGUGGAACACAGGCCCCGCAUCCAUUUGGAAUGGCAGUGUUUGAAAAUCAUGUGUUUUUCACCGACUGGACCAAAAUGGGCGUGAUUAGGUCCAACCGGUUCAACGGCAGCAACCCAACUCUCCUCUAUCGCACUGCCAGUCGGCCAGGCCAUGUGGUGGUCUCACACCGCGUCCUGCAGCCAGUCGUGAUGAAUCCUUGUGGCCGACACAACGGUGGUUGUCAGCACAUUUGUGUCUUAAGUCAUCGCACUGACAAUGAGGGUUUGGGCUACCGUUGCAAAUGUCGCUAUGGUUACGAUUUGCAGUCUGACCUUCGAACCUGCUUUAAGAUAAAGGAUUAUUUGUUAGUGGCCACCUCGCUGGCUGUAAGGGGACUGCCUCUGAACGUGUCCCUCCAGGAGGAUGUCACCCUUCCCCUUACAGGACUUGGAACAUCACUUUCUGGCUCUGCAGUGGAGUUUGAUGGAAAUGAAGAAAUAAUAUUUUACAACGACAGGUCAAGAGGUCUCGUUUACAAGUCAAAUCUCAAUGGCACAGCCCAGCAGAUUCUGACUGGGUAUAGAGUGGGAAAUGUGGAUGCCAUGGCUUACGACUGGACGUCCAAGGUGUUGUUUUGGACUACCAGUUCCUACAGAUCAGUGGUGGCCUUCAGAGUCACAGACAAAUCCAGAAGAGACAUUGUUACUGGCCUGAGGAACCCAAAGGGAAUUGCAGUGCAUCCCAGUGCUGGCUACUUGUUCUGGUCAGACUGGUAUCGUCCAGCUGUCAUAAUGAGAGCCUACACUGACGGCAGCAAUGCCAUUCCUCUGGUAAAUACCACGCUGGGAUGGCCAUAUGGACUCGCUCUCGACUAUGCAAUGAACAGACUGUACUGGGUGGAUUCUCUCCUGGAUCAAAUUGGUCACAUUUACAUUGAAGGAAAUGACCGACAGACAUUUACCAACAUGGGCCAGAUCACUCAACCCUUCUCUUUGACAGUUUAUUCAGACUACCUGUAUGUCUCUGAUACGAGGACCAGAGCCAUUUACGAGAUGAGGAAAAGGGAUGGAGGAGGAAACAUUAUGAUCAGACAAGGAAUCACGGGCAUCCUGAACAUCAAGGCCUACACAGCUGACCUUCACAGCACUUUCACCAGCCGCUGUAAUUUGGUGCCCAAUGGGCAAUGCAGCCAUUUUUGUUUCCCAACUCCAUCCUUCAGUCGAGUGUGUGGCUGUCCGUAUGGUAUGAAACUUCAGUCCAAUCAGAGGGACUGCAUUAAAGACGACUCUGUCCCCCCACCUGACAACAACUGUGGCGACUUCUCCUUUGAGUGUGACGAAGGACGCUGUCGGCCCAACUCUUACCGCUGUGAUGGAAUUAUUGACUGUGUAGAUAAAACGGAUGAGGCCAACUGCACUAAUACAGGAGCGACCUGCUCUCCGCAGGCUUUUACCUGCAAUAACAAGCGUUGCAUAUACUCCAGCUGGCGCUGUGACGGCAUGGACGACUGUGGAGAUGGUUCUGAUGAAAUGAACUGUCCCACACGUGUACCGACCACCUGUGGGUCCAGCUACUUCACCUGUGAUAACAACAGGUGUAUCUCUAAAUCGUGGGUAUGUGAUGGUGACAAUGACUGCGGGGAUGGCUCCGAUGAACAAAAUUGCAAUUCCACCAUCACAACAUGCCCUUCGGGCUACUUCCUUUGCCCUGAUCACCGCUGCAUCAGCAGCUUCUACGUGUGCGAUGGUGACCAGGACUGUUUGGAUGGCUCAGAUGAGAAAAACUGCGAGUUUUCUUGCCAGUCCUAUCAGUUUGCUUGUGCCAGCGGGGACCAGUGUAUCAGUUCAAGUUAUCAAUGUGAUGGAGUGUUUGACUGCAGGGACCAUUCAGAUGAACAAGACUGUCCAACUCGAGGUCCGGGCCUCUGCCAUGAUGAUGAGUUCCAGUGCCAGACUGACGGUCUCUGCGUACCAGACGAAUGGGAGUGUGACGGCCACCCAGACUGUGAGGACGGAUCAGAUGAACACAAUUCCUGCCCACCUAUCACAUGCAGGUCCAACCAAUUCCAGUGCACAAACAAGAUAUGCAUUCCAACAAGCUGGCUGUGUGAUGGGGAGAAUGACUGUAGGGACAUGAGCGAUGAACAGAACUGCCCCACACCUCCCUUCACUUGUCCAUCAGGACAGUGGCUGUGCCCCACUGACCAGGUGUGUAUCGACCUGGAUAAGGUGUGCAAUGGGCAGAGGGACUGUCCAAACGGAGCAGACGAGUCCCCUCUCUGCAAUGAAAAUGACUGUGCACUGAACAACGGAGGCUGCAGUGAUGAUUGUGUUCAAGGACCAUUUGGAGCUCAGUGCACCUGUCCACCAGGAUUUCAGCUCCUCAACGACUCCAAAACUUGUGAUGACAUAGACGAGUGUUUGAUCCCUGGUUUCUGUAGCCAGCAGUGCUAUAAUGAGAGAGGAAGCUUUAGGUGUCACUGCUCAGACGGUUAUCUUCUAGAACCUGAUGGACGCACCUGUAAAGCAGCAAACCAAGUGUUAUCAGUGUUACUGGUGACCAAGCGUAGCCAGAUCAUCGCCAACAAGAUCUACAUAAGACCACCCCAGCUACAUCCAGUGGUCACUGGUUCAAGCAUUGUGUCUGUAGACUUUGACCGCUCAACCUCCAAAAUCUACUGGGCUGAUUCCUCACAGAAAAAGAUAUGGAGUUCUUUCCAGAAUGGCACUGACAAACGGGAAGUGUUCUCCUCGGGUCUAAUGGUACCUGAGAGUAUUGCUGUGGACUGGGUGGGUCGAAACCUUUACUGGACUGACUCUGUCUUGGAGAACAUUGAGGUCUCAACGCUGGACGGCCGCUUCCGGAAGGUCCUUUUAAACAAAAAUGUGACUAGCCCUCGUGGGCUUGCUUUAGACCCUCGUAACCAUACAAACCUGAUGUUCUGGUCGGACUGGGGUCAGAAUCCCAGGAUUGAACGAGCCAGCAUGGAUGGAGCCACAAGAGAAGUCAUAGUCAACACUAAAGUCUUCUGGCCCAAUGGCCUGGCCCUGGACUACACCACACGCAGAGUUUACUUUGCUGAUGCUUACCUGAAAUAUAUUGACUACUGUGAUUAUGAUGGUAAAAAUCGCCAUCAGGUCAUGGCAAGUGAUGUGGUUCUCCAACACCCACAUGGAAUGACAAUCUUUGAGGACAGCAUCUACUGGACGGAGCGGUACACUAGUAAGGUGAUGAGGACAAACAAGUUCCACGGAGGAAAUGUCACCACUCUGAUGACCAAUGUCUACCAACCCAUGGGCAUUGUUAUGGACCAUCCUAUCAAACAGCCUGAAGCCGUCAACCCAUGCAGCGAGCAUCUUUGCUCCCAGCUGUGCCUGCUGUCAAUCCUCAGACCCAGGUACUACACCUGCCACUGCCAGUCAGGUUGGAAGCUGGAUUCUGACAAACGCACCUGUAUCAAAGAUGACACUCCAUUUUUGAUGGUCGUCAGAGAUUCUGUGAUUUUUGGCAUUCCCUUGGACCCCACUGACCCAUCCAACAACGCGAUGGCCCCGGUGUCUGGCAUAAGCCAGGGCAAAGACAUCGACUUUGAUGACCAGGAGCAGUUUGUUUACUGGGUCCAGAGCACCGGUUCAAUUUGGCGUGUGAAAACCAGCGGCACCAACAGAUCUGAGUUCGCUCCGGCUGCUUACAUGGGUUCACCAUCUGGUCUAGCCUUUGACUGGAUAAGCCGAAUAAUGUAUUACACCAACCCAACUGGCAAAGCCAUUGAAGUUAUCCGCGUAGAUGGGAAUGAGAAAUACAGGAAAACUCUCAUUGCCUCAACUGGUAAACCAGAGGGAGCUGGAGAGCCAAUAGGAAUUGCCCUGGAUCCAGCCCGAGGGAAACUAUUUUGGACCGACAAAGGAUCAGAUAGUGGAGUUCCUCCAAAGGUUGGAAGUGCUGACAUGGAUGGAGGCAACCUAAAAAACCUCUACACUGGCAACUUGGUCAAUAUUGGAUUCAUCACUGCAGACAUCUCAACUAUGAAGCUUUACUGGGGUGUGGCAGGUUCGGGAGUGAUUGAGUGCGGCACCAUGGAUGGAGUGAGCCGUGUGACCUUGGUCAGCGGCCUGUCUCAUCCAUGGGGACUGACCGUCUACCAGGACCACCUCUACUACACCGACCUGGACUAUGAGGUUAUUGAGAGGGUCGACAAAAGCAACGGUGGCAACAUGGUGGUGAUGAGGAGCGGAAUGUCUGGCCUACGUGCUAUCAAAGUACACGCCAGAGACAACUCGGCAGGAACGACCAAUGCUUGCAGUUCCAACAAUGGGGGCUGUCCUCACCUCUGUCUGCCCAAACCAGGGAACCAGAAAACCUGUGCCUGCACCACAGGGUUUUACCCCACUAAUGAUGGCACCCGCUGUGAACAGUAUGAAUCCUUUGCCAUCAUUUCUAGCCCCAAAUACAUCCGAGGCUUUCACAUAAACAGCUCUGACCAUUCGGAAGCAAUGGUGCCUAUUGCUGGAUCAUCCUAUGACAUAAAGGACAAGUUAGAUCUGCAUAUUGAAUCCGGCUUUAUUUACUGGACUAACAACAGCACCCACACAUCAUACAAGGGCAUAUUUAGGGCCAAACCAGAUGGAGGGGGUUACAGCCGUGUCAUAAGUUCAGGUAUCGGUCGCAGAGGCAUCCAGGGCCUGGCUGUAGACUGGGUUUCAGGUAACUUGUAUUUCUCCAAUGCCUUUACGAGUGAGACGUUCUUGGAGGUGUGGGCCAUCAACACCUCCUACCGAAUGGUUCUCCUGAAGAGCAUAGAGGACCAGCCCAGGGACCUGGCAGUUAGUCCCAAACUCCGCUACCUCUUUUGGACUGACGGUGGCCAAACACCCAAAAUUGAGCGAGCCCUGCUGGAUGGCACAAACCGCACAGUGAUAGCUUCAGAGAGCCUGGCAUCGCCUCGUGGCUUAACAGUUGAUUACACUAAUGAUUUCCUCUACUGGACUGAUGAUGUUCUUGAUAUGAUCUCCCGAAUGGCCACCGAUGGAUCACAGAGGCAGAUUGUCCGUUAUGGGAGCCGUUAUCCAUCUCCAACAGGACUGGCUAUUUUUGGAAACAGCAUGCUGUGGGUGGACAAAAAGCUUGGGAAGCUAUUCCAAGCCAGUAAGGACCCAGCCAAUACAACACAACCUGAGGUAAUCCGAGACAGUCUCGAUGGGCUAACAGACAUCGCCGUGUUUGACUAUCACAUCCAGCCUACAUCUGCCAACCUAGUAGGCUUCAACCCAUGCCAGGAGGACAAUGGGCGCUGCCAGCAGCUGUGCUUUGCCAUUCCAAACCAGGAGGAACCAAAAUGUGGAUGUGCACAUGGGUCACUUCUAAACAACGGAGUGACGUGUGGUUACGGGCUUGAUGAGUUUCUGGUUUUCACCACAGACUACACAAUCAACAGUCUGAGACUGGAUCCAGCAGAUCACAGCAUUCCCUAUCCAACAGUAAACCUGGGCUAUAGUGUCAUGGCUCUGGAUUAUGAUUUCAAGGGGAAAAGAAUUUUCUUUACCCAGUAUAUGGGGAUAGGUCGGAGCAGAAUUGGCUAUAUCACCACAUCAACCAUCACCAACCCUCCUGUUAUAGUUGCGUCAAACUUGGAUGACCCAGAAGGACUGGCCUACGACUGGAUCAACAAACGCCUCUACUUCACUGACUACUAUAAGCGUAAUGUCCAGUCAAUUGGUGUGGAUGGAAUGAAUCGUUCAGUUAUUGCCCAUGCAAACCGCCCCAGAGGCAUCAUCGUUGACCCGUGCUAUGGUUACCUGUAUUGGACCGACUGGGGAUCGCCAGCUAAGAUCGAGAGGGCCACACUGGGUGGAAACUUCAGGACUGCCAUCAUAAACAGCAGUCUGACAACACCUAAUGGCCUGACUCUGGACUAUGAGGAGAGGAUGCUUUACUGGGCCGAUGCCUCACUAGACAAGAUUGAACGGUCAACACUGACUGGGGAGAACCGACAAAUAAUCCUUCAGGGAGUGCAGUAUCCGUUCGCCAUGACUGUUUUUCAGCAGGACAUCUUCUGGACCGACUGGACAGCAAGAGCUGUCUUUAGGGCAGGGAAGGACGAUGGCUCUGGCUUCACAGUCAUAGCCCAGGACCUGCAGUACCGACCAAAUGACAUCCAUGUUUAUGCUGCAUCUAAGCAGGAAACAUGCUCCAGCUUCUGUCAGCAGUUCAAUGGAGGAUGCAGUCACAUCUGUGUCUCAGGUCCAGUUGGCCCAGAAUGCCAGUGUCCUCAUGAGGGCAAAUGGUAUCUGGCAAAUAAUGGCAAGGAUUGCAUCGAAGACAAAGGUCAGCGUUGUCCACCAGAGCAGUUUACCUGUCUGAAUGGUAACUGUAUCUCCGGACGCUGGAAGUGUGAUGGCUUCAAUGACUGUCAGGAUAAUUCAGAUGAGCUGGAAAGAGUGUGUGCCUUCCACACGUGCUCAGCCAUGGACUUUACCUGUGACAAUGGGCGUUGCGUCCCAUUAAGCUACACCUGUGACUACACAGAUGAUUGUGGUGACAACAGUGAUGAGCAGGGCUGCCCCUUCCCUACAUGUAAUCCCACCACCGAGUUCACCUGUGCCAACGGCCGCUGCAUCAGUGCAGCCUUCGUCUGCGACGGCCACAACGACUGUCGGGACAAUGCCACGUCAGACGAAAUCAACUGCCCUGACCGCACAUGUCCUUCAGGCCAAAUUAAGUGCGAUGGAACCAACAUCUGCAUCGAUCCCGACAACCUGUGUGACGGCUAUAACAACUGUGGGGACAACAGCGAUGAGAAUCCCCUCUUCUGCGCGGGUCGCACAUGUGCUCCGGAUCAGUUCCGUUGUGAUACAGGGAAGUGUAUCCCUCAGUCGUGGGUAUGUGACUCCUUCCAAGACUGCAAUGAUGGAACAGAUGAACCUCCCUCUUGUGAGGAUCAAAUAAGAACAUGCAGUUCAGACCAGUUCACUUGUACCAAUGGAAACUGCAUCCCACACUCGCUGGUUUGUGAUGGUAACAAUGACUGCUGGGACAACAGUGACGAGGCCCCAGAGCUUCAAUGUGGACAACGGACUUGCAGUUCCAGUCAGUUUACUUGUCCAACAUGGUAUCCGGGACAUCCACGCUGCGUGCCCCUAAACUUUGUGUGUGAUGGGGAUAGAGACUGUGCCAAUGCAGCUGAUGAGCUCCAGAACUGCCCAAACCGGACAUGUCACCUGAACGAGUUUGCUUGUUCUAAUGGGCUCUGCAUUCUCAUCCCUUUCCACUGCGACCGCGUGAAUGACUGUGGAGAUGGCAGUGAUGAGUUGGGCUGUACAUACGACACAUGCAGCAGCAACCAGUUCACCUGUGGCAACGGAGCCUGUAUCCCCUCCUCCUUCACCUGCGACGGGGAGAGCGACUGCCUGGAUGGUUCAGAUGAGGCAGACAGCUUGUGCUUUACACCCCAGCCUACGUGCUCUCCACAGCAUUAUCUCUGCAAGUCAGGGGAGUGCAUUGAGAACAGUAAGGUGUGCAAUGGCCAGAAGGACUGCCAUGACAACAGCGAUGAAAAAGGCUGUGGGAUCAAUGAGUGUGUCAACCCUUCUGUCCACAAGUGUGCUCAACUCUGCACGGACACCCUUACCGGGUAUUACUGCUCCUGCCACCCGGGCUAUCGCCUCAUGCCGGACGGCAAAGCCUGCGAGGACAUCGACGAGUGUGUCAGCACACCUGCGGUCUGCAGCCAGAUCUGUGAGAAUGCCGUUGGCUCGUACCACUGCAAAUGUGCUCCCGGGUACAUCCGAGAGCCGGACGGACGCACCUGCCGCCAGAACAGUGGCAUCGCACCGUACCUGUUGUACACCAACCGCUACUACAUCCGCAAUCUGACCACCGACGGGUCACAUCUAAGCAUAGUCCUGCAGGGGCUGACCAAUGUUGUGGCGUUAGAUUUUGACCACUAUGAGAAGAGGCUGUACUGGCUGGAUGUAGGGGUCGGAAAGAUUGAGAGGAUGCGUUUUGAUGGCAGCGACAGAGAGACACUGGUCGACAGCAACUUAGGAGGAGCUGAAGGUCUGGCACUGGACUGGGUGGGCAGGAAAGUGUACUGGACAAAUAGUUAUUAUGGCUCACUUCAUGUGAUGGAGCUGGAUGGGCUCUACCAAAAGACGCUGCUGUCAGGGGAGUUCACCAGUGGAAAUGACACCUACAUUAUCAGUCAACCGCGGGCUGUGGCGGUCAACCCUAAAUAUGGAUGGCUGUACUGGACUGACUGGGGGGACGCAGCCUAUAUUGGCAGAGUUGGCAUGGAUGGAACAAAUGUCAGUGCAAUCAUCACAGCCAAGCUGGAGUGGCCCAAUGCUCUGACCAUUGAUUACACUACCAACAAGAUCUUCUUUGCUGAUUCACAUCUUAACUUUUUGGACUUUGCAGACAUGGAUGGCCAGAACAGGCACCGGGCCAUUGCUGGUACACUUCCCCAUGUAUUUGCUGUGUCUCUGUUUGAAGACUGGGUCUUCUGGACAGACUGGAACACACACACAGUGGAGAAAGCCCAUAAGUACACAGGAGAGCAGCGAACAGUCAUGGGCAACAACACACAUCGGCCCUAUGACAUUCAUGUGUACCACCCCUACAGGCAGCCUAGAAGUGAAAACCCCUGCACAUCACAUCAUCUGACCUGCAGUCAUUUGUGUCUCAUCGCACCUGGUGGGAAGCAAGCUUCCUGCGAGUGUCCGGAUCAUUUUAUUGGCCUAGCUGUGGGAUUUAAGAUCCAGUGUGUCGCUGACUGCUCCAGUACCCAGUUUCGCUGUGGGGACAAUGAAAAGUGUGUUCCCAUAUGGUGGAAGUGCGACGGCCAAUCAGACUGCGGUGACGGCUCAGAUGAACCUCAGACCUGCCCACCUCGUUAUUGCCCCAUUGGCCAGUUCCAGUGUCAGGAUGGCAACUGCACCUACCCUGGUUUCAUCUGCGAUGGACAUGCAGACUGCCCUGACAGCUCAGACGAGGACGCUGCUCUCUGCAGCGAUCACCGCUGUGAGGAGAACCAGUUCCAGUGUAAAAACAAGAAGUGCAUACCUGUGUCCUGGCACUGUGAUGGAGUAAACGACUGCUCAGAUAACAGUGAUGAAGAUGCAGAAACGUGUGCCCAGAAGACGUGUGGACCAGGACAGUUCCAGUGUGCCAAUGGCCGCUGUGUACCCUCAAGCUAUGUGUGUGAUGCCCAGGACGACUGUGGAGAUGGAUCUGAUGAGCCAUAUGAAACUUGCAUGGGCCCAGAGUACAAGUGCGAUGAAGACACUGAGUUCUCCUGCAAGACAAACUACCGCUGUAUUCCUCAGUGGGCUCGUUGUGACGGCAGCAAUGACUGCAUCGACAACAGCGACGAGGAAGGCUGUGAGGAGGUGACCUGCGAUCCUCUGGGAGAUUUUCGCUGUGACAACCACCGCUGUGUUCCCAUCCGAUGGAGGUGUGAUGGCAUCAACAACUGUGGUGACGGCUCGGAUGAGAGGGACUGCCAGCCACGACCCUGCUCUGAGAGUGAGUUUCGAUGUGACAACCAACAGUGCAUCCCUGGAAACUGGGUGUGUGACCAUGACAAUGACUGCGGAGACAACUCAGAUGAGCGAGACUGCGAACUGCUGACGUGUCGCCCUGGUUCCUUCCAGUGUGACUCCGGUCACUGCAUCCCUGCUGCUCUGCAGUGCGAUGGCAGGCCCGAUUGCCAGGAUCUGUCAGAUGAGACCAGCUGUCCGACUCGUUACCCAGGGGGCCGUUGGUGUCCGGACAGCCAGUUCCAGUGUGCAAACCGACUGUGUGUGAGCCAGAGCUGGGUGUGUGAUGGUGUGGACGACUGUGGAGAUCGCUCCGAUGAACAACUCAGUUUAUGCUUGAACAUCACCUGUGAGAUGCCGUCCAGGUUCCGAUGUGCCAACGGCUACUGUAUUUACUCUGGGCUGCUCUGCAAUAAGAAAGAUGACUGCGGAGAUGGCAGUGAUGAAAAAGAAGAUCUGUGCCGGGAGCCCACUCUGCCCCCCUGCACUCUGGAAGAGUUUAAAUGCAUCAAUGGCCACUGUGUGCCCCUGCCAUAUGUCUGUGACCACAACGACAACUGUGGGGAUCGCACAGAUGAAAUGGGUUGCAACUUUGGCCAUGACAGAAACUGUGAGGAGAAGCUGUGCCAGCACGAGUGCACCAAUCUGAACGGCACUGGUUUCAUCUGCUCCUGCAGACCUGGAUACAAAGUGGACCCAGAAAGCACCUACAACUGUUUGGACAUCAAUGAGUGUGAGGAGUGGGGAAUCUGUCCUCAGGUCUGUAAGAACACCAAGGGCAGUUACGACUGUGAGUGUGCACCGGGUUACAGAAAAGUGGGAGAUGGCAGCAUGUGUGAGGCUGAAGGAACGUCUCCUUUGCUGCUUCUACCGGAGAGCAUUCGUAUCCGGAGAUUCAACCUGCAGACAGAGGCUUACCACGACUUUCUCCAGGAAGAGGAGCGCAUCAUGGCUCUGGACUACGACUGGGACCACAACAACACUGGAUUCAGCAUGGUCUACUUCACUGUUGCCAGCAAGGACUCUGAAUUAGGAGCCAUAAAGAGAGCCUACAUCCCCUCGGUGGACGACGGCAGUAAUAACAUCGGUGCAGCUGUCGCCCUGGACAUCAAGUACAUCACCACACCAGAUGGCAUCGCUGUGGACUGGGUGGGCAGAAACCUUUACUGGGCAGACUCCAGGCUUCAGAGGUUGGAAGUGGCCAUGUUGGAUGGACGCUACAGGAAGCACCUUGUGAAGACUGAUUUGGGUCACCCAUCUGCUGUGGCGGUCAACCCUCGACUUGGGAUGCUGUACUGGGCAGACCGAGGGGACUCAGCUAAGAUUGAGUGUUCAUGGAUGAACGGACAGGAGAGAAAGGUUCUUGUAGCUGACGGCCUGGGUUGGCCCACUGGCCUCUCAAUCGACUUCACCAACGGGGACCGAAUCUACUGGUCUGAUGCCAAAGAAAGUCGUAUCGAGUCUGUCCUGCCCUCAGGAGAGGACCGGAGAACAUCAGUUUUCAUAGAUGUGAGGAACCCCUUCAGCGUGAACGUGUUUGAGGACCACGUUUACUGGAGCACUCAGGAAAAAGGCGAGGUGUUUCGACAGGACAAGUUUGGCCACGGAUCCAAAACCAAGCUGCUGACCGCUGGGCCCUGGCUGACCCAGAUCUCUGUGUACCAACAGCAGAAAUACAACUCCAUAGCCAUGAAGAAUCCAUGUAAAGGAACCUGCAGCCACCUGUGUUUGCUCAGGCCAGGAGGAUACAGCUGCGCCUGCCCAGAAGGCACCAACUUCAUCCCCGGCAGCAGCACUGAGUGUGAUGCAGGGUUUGACCCACCACCCACCAUGCCGCCACCAUGCCAGUGUCAGAACGGAGGCACCUGCUACUUUGAUGACAACAAGGCUCUCUGCAAAUGUCCUCCAGAUUGGAAUGGAGAGUACUGCCAGAUCAGUGUGUACAAUGUGUUAGCAUCCUCAGUUGGAAUAGCCGUCGGGGUGACAAUAUUGAUACUGGUUCUGCUGGGGGCUCUGGUCUAUGCGUCCCGAAAGAAGUCUAACCUGCUGGAAUCGCUUCAGAGCAACUUGCCAAGCAUGCCAAGCAUGCCUAGCAUGCCAUCCAUGCCUAAAAUGCCUAACUUUAGAAAUGGUUACACCCCAAAUGGACAGAAAACUGAAGAAAGUGAAACCAGCCAGACCUCCGAGCCAGUUCCCUGCAUAUCAGUGUCCAUGAUUGAUACCAAAGAUAAGAGCUUUGAGAAUCCAGCGUAUGAUGCUGGAGGUCAGCUUGCCUCCAACAGGAUGCGGACAGCCACUUCAGCCCCAACCGAAACGAGCGAGGAAAAUAUUGAUAAUCCCUUGUAUGUGGAGGAGGGUCAAGCUGCAGAGGAGUCCACCGCCAACACACCGAGCCCCACUGUUUCCGAAAAGGAAGCUAUUGAGAACCCACUGUACGGCUCAGCUGUUAAAGAAGUUGCUCCUGCACAUCCGGCUGCUUCUAGCUCACAGGUUUUGGAUCCAGUUGAAGAUGAGAGCUUUGCAUCUUUCCAGAAUCCCAUAUACACAGACGAGGACAAACAUGCAGAGGCUUCCGAUUCUGAAGUUUGACAUGAUGGCUGAAUCCAUCCUUGAUGGCAUCAAGGAACUUCUUUUUACAAACAUGAACAUGAAAAAUACUUUGUGACUGUAACUGUGAUGUAACUAUUUCUGUAAAAAGACAAUGUCAGAGUGAUGAUUCUUAUGAUUUGAUGUUAGACUGGUUCAAUAAAUAAUUAGUUCAGUUUAAAAUUCAGUUGACGAUUCAGUUUGUAUCAUUUUUGUCAAUUUGGAUUGUGAGAAACUUCUCAAGUAAAACAACUUUU